GAAGAUGCAGCGUUUAUAAUGGCAAACAAUGAAGAAGGCCAAAAAUCGUCUAAGAUAAAAAAUAAUAUAUUUGAAAAUGAAGAAAUGUCAAGGCAUUUACGUAGAUUACUUCAUAGUAAGGACCCUUCUGAUUUACAGACUGCAAACCGAUUGAUAAAGUUUAUGGUGAAAGAGGAUGAGGAACGAUUGCAGUUAAAUUCGCGAAGAGGCAUGGAAUUAGAAUCCGUGCAAAACAAUGUAAUGCUAUUGUCAGAAAUGCUAGAUUCAUAUAAUCAGAAUGAAACUAGUGCAGAGGAUCUUGAAUUGAUGAAAGAGUUGUAUCAGGCAUGUGAGCGACUGAAACCUAUUUUGUUAAGACUCGCCAGUGAAACCCAGGGCAACGUCGAAAUGCUUGAUGAUGUACUAGCUGCGAGCGAUGAGUUGAAUCAAGUCUUCGAGAAAUACACAUCUAUUAUCGUUCUUGGGCAAAUUCCUAAAUCUUCUGCAACAGAAGCUUCUAAACCAAUUUACAAUGAGCCAUCCCUUUUGGAUUUAUCGUCUCCCACUGAGAUUACUUCCUGUAAGAGCAGUUUAAGCACGAUGCAGAGCACAUCAUCAACAGAUCAUCGUUCAGAUAUGGAUGUACUAGGAGAUAUCUUUAGUGUAUUGGAGAAACCUGCAGUCAAGUCUGAAGCAAAUUUUUUGAUGCCAAACGCUAUAAUGCAACCAAUCAGUAUCUCGCCUAUAAAUAAGAAAA